ACACAUUGACGACAUUGCUCCUCAAGAAAAGUAGAGUGAUUGAUUUUGCAUGUGAUUGUGUUCAUCUCUAUGUAGCUGUUGGUGCUUUCUUGAUUUUCAGGCAGAAUGGUGACUCAUUUUUUUGUUUGUUUCGAUUUUUUUUACAAUGCAUUUUAGGAGGUGUCUUCCAUGCCGUUAUCAUUAUUUUAUAUGAGAAUUUAAACUAGAAAUUGACCGUUUUGUUUAUGAGUGGGUCUCUCUCUCUCUCUCUCUCUCUCUCUCUCUCUCUCUCUGAAUGGUGACCCAUUUUGUUGUUUGUUUCAAUUUUUUUUUUUUUUAUAAUGCAUUUUAGGAAGUUCUCUUUCAUGUUCUUAUCGUUUUAUCUAUGAGAAUUUAAACUAGAAAGUGUACUUUUUGUUAAUGGGUGGGCUUCUUUCUCUAUAUAUGCACCCAUUAUUGAUCUCUCUCUUAAUCAUGAUGCUUGGAACUUUCGAGCUUAUGGCAUUGAAUAAGAAACGAAACUAAGAAUCAAAGCAGAUUCCACCAGAGAGAAUGUGCGAAGAUAAGAAAGAUGAUAACCAUCAGUCAGAAAGAGCUCUGCCCGUGCUUGAUCAGGAUCUUAACUGUCUUCCCUUUCCAGUACCCACAUCAGAGUUUUCUGAAAAUCAACAAUUUGACCAAAGUACACCAGGUAUUCUGGUAAAUAAGAAAAGGAGGGCUGCAACUGAACAUGUAGCUAGAAUUGCUUUGGCUGAUCUUGCCAAGUACUUUGACCAUCCAAUUGUUGAAGCUUCGAGAAAAUUAAAAAUUGGAGUCACUGUACUCAAGAGGAAGUGCAGAGAAUUUGGUAUUCCUCGAUGGCCGCAUAGGAAGAUCAAAUCUCUUGAUAGUCUCAUUCAUGAUCUACAGGAGGAGGUGGAACGACAGCAAGAGGGGAACAAAGCUGCAGCCAUGGCAGUGGCGAAGAGGCAAAGAAUGUUGGAGUGUGAAAAAGAAGUCAUAGAAAGGAAGCCUUUCACAGAGAUACAGAGAGAGACAAAGAGAUUCAGGCAAGAUGUUUUUAAGAGAAGGCAUAGGGCUAGAGCUCUCAAGAACUAGUGCUAGUUGGUCUCACCCAGUAGGAUAUCAUCAGUAUAUUGAAAUUACAAGGUCAAGAUCUAACCAUUGGAGGCAACGCCGCCUGAAUACCGUUUGCAUCAUUGUGCUUCUGAUGGUGUUUAUGGCGUUUCAGAUCUCUUCUAUGAUCUGCAAUUUUGGCAUUGAUUUGUCAACAGAUCAAUGGCAUCUUUUUGGGUUAGGACCAAAUGUUUUGUGAGGUAGUAUGUGCAAUGGGCUUCCUUGAACCGACAAUGGUUGGGGUGGCCCUGGCUAGGCAUUACCCUUAGCAUGAGUCUAGCCCAUUUGUUUAUGAUCUAAGAUAUGUGAACUCUAAACUAGCCCCCCAUGGAAACCUUUUUCUGCCAUUUAUUUGUUUUGUAUUAUUACAUAUUCCGGCUGUUUCAAGCUUAAAUUUUAAAAUUAUGGAUAGAUCUAUAGGAAGGAUAAGUGAGCCAUAUAUUAGGCUGGCUUUCAUCAACUUGCUAAUAUCACAUUCUUGGAGUUAGAAUUUGACUUUGAACCUAAA